UCCAUCGAUUUCCCGAGCUGACACGUGUCAGAAUCCUAUUGGAGAGAAGCACUGUAAAACCGUAGCUGCAGUCUAUUUGAACUACGACUUGAGGAGAGUGCGUCAUUUAAAAAUCAAACAGCCUCUCGAUACAGAGAGAGAGAGAGAGAGAGAGAGAGGCUUCUUUCCUUCUUCCAAGCGAAGGAAAACCAGAGCAGAGCAGGUAAAAGGAGGAAAGGGAGAAAAAAUGUUCUUGAAGAAGCCUCCCUCACACUCAUGGUGGUUUGAUAGCCACAACAGUCCCAGACGCUCUCCCUGGCUUCAAUCUACACUUACAGAGCUGGAUGAGAAGACAAAGGCGAUGCUCAAACUGGUUGAAGAAGAUGCAGACUCAUUCGCCCAACGUGCCGAGAUGUACUACAAGAAGCGGCCGGAACUAGUCAACAUGGUUGAAGAUUUCUACCGUACUCACCGCUCAUUAGCCGAGCGAUACGACCAGCUCAGAUCAGAAGCAGGGCCAAGGCUCACGUUGACGCCAUCCAUCUCCCCUUUCUCAGCCAAAAACCAAUCACAGAAGCUAGGAACGCAGUCUGACAGAUCCUCCUCUAGAUCCUCCAUAGCCUCCUCAGAUUGCUUCGAUUCGGAGGAAUCCGAGGUUGACGACCCCGAUGAAGAGGAGACCCAAGUUGGAGGAGGGGAUGUAGAGGAAGUUUCUAGCAAGGAUGGGGAAGUGAAGAAGAUGAGAGGAGAGAUUGACAGACUUAAAGAAGAGAAUAGAAUUCAAAAGGCAGAAAUGAUGGAGAGAAAUGAAGAGAAGAGAGAGGCAAUAAGGCAGCUGUGUUUGGCUAUGGACAUAUUGAAGGAAGAGAAUGUUAGUUUGCGGAAAUGUCUCGAAGACUCAAAGAAGAGAGGUGUGUUUGAAUUCAGCAAAUGGAAAGGGGUUUUCUCAGGGAAGUUUUUUAGUGGACGAUGAGGAUUUGUGGUGAGUCUGAACAAAGUGUAAUAUUCAGAACAAUGAGGAUUUGUGGUGGGUCUGAACAAAGUGUAAUAUUCAGAACAAUGAGGAUUUAUAGGGAUAGGGUGCUGAUGCAUCAUCAUACAAAUGGGACCGAUGGUUGGUUGAUCGAGGCUGUUGAUUUUAUGGGACCUGCCGAUGAUUGGUUGAUCGAUGCCGUUGAUUUUAUGGGACCUGCCGAUGAUUGGUGAUGACCCAAAACUCUUCGUAACUGUUUCUCCUCCUAUCAACUGUCUAUUUGUAUCCUGCCUAUAACAAAGGGUUGUGAACUAGUAAAUCUGGGAUAGUUUUGGGUAAUGGCCAAUCCCACAAUAGGGCCCAUAUGAGCAGUGGUCUGGAUCAUAAAACCAUGGGACCAUUAUCAGAACUUUAUAUUCCUCUUAGAACAUAGGUUGUAUUUCAUGAUAUACAUAGGUAGGUUUAUAUGAGCAAUAUUUUUUUAGGAUUUGGAUAGUAAUGUUGUAAUUUUCUGACUUUUCUCUCUCGUUAGUACUAGAUAGAGCAAAUUUUAUUUUA